GAGAGGAAGGGGAGUCGCUCUUAUGUGACGUCACUCGACCACUCCCACUGCUCCGCAAUUUACAUAUCGUGUAGUUCCCGGCCGAGCGUUCGUAUGGAAGCAGUUGAGCGCUUUCCAAAAGACGAAGACACGCCUCGAAGACGACCCGUGACCGUGAGAUGCGCCCCAUUUGACCGUUUCUCCCACUUUGUUCCCCCAAACCUGGAGCAAGAAGAAGUGGUGUCGCCGUUUGACUUUGUGAUUCGCGUGACCCCGGUCUGUCGCUGCCGCCGGGGAGGGGCGUCAUGGCCGAGCCCGACUAUCUGGAGGGGGACUGCGAUGAGCUCAUCAAACCCAAGAAGUUGAUCAACCCGGUCAAGAACUCCCGCAACCACCAGGACCUGCACCGGGAGCUGCUCAUGAACCAAAAGAGGGGCCUGGCUCCACAGAACAAACCAGAACUCCAGAAGGUUCUGGAAAAGCGGAAAAGGGAGCAAGUCCUCAAGGCUCAGAAAGAGGAGCAGGAGGCGCACAAGAAGAGGAGCGACUUGGAGAUCGAGUUAAUGAAAAGGCAACAGAAACUGGAGCAGCUGGAGCUGGAGCAGCAGAAGAACGAGGAGGAGCAGGAGAACACCCCCGAGUUUGUGAAAAUGAAAAGCAACCUGCGCCGGACCAAGCAGGAGACGGACGGCGAGGAGAGAACCACCUAAGCUGUCAUCACCGGGUGGGGGGUGUAAAAGUGAGGGCAUGUGUGCGCGGCGACCCAACGGGUCCAGAAUGAACUUCCGCCCCCCCCCACCCCUUCCCUCACACACACACACACACACACACACACACAAAACCUUCCAAUUCCUUCCCACAGUGAGGAGAGAAACUUUUACAGACUAAAGACCCCCCACCCCCCCCACCCCCACGACCAAGGACCACCACGCGUCAAAGCUAACCUAGCAACACGCUCCUCCCUCCCGGGGGGUGGGGGGUUCUUUCCUCGCGUUUUCACGCAGCUGUCCUUUCUCCGUACUGUCACGGCGUCGGUGUCUUGUUUUUGUAUUGUGGAUGGGGGGCGGGGGCGGGGCUGUGUUCUCACCUAUAAAAUUACGGGAAGGAAAAGUGGACACUGGAUGGACUCUCAACAAGCUGUGUAACUGCGGAGGAAAAAAAAAAACAAAGCCAAACUAAAUGUGCUUUUCUUUUAUUUAUGUUUGUAGCUUUUUAGCCCGCUUCUAGAAUUAAAAAAGGUGGGCUGGGGGUGGGGGUGGGGGCAAGGGUGGGUCACCUUUACUAGUCUUUUUAUGUAUUUUUUUUUUUUGUUUGUUUUUGUUGUACAGCAUUUUUAGUCGAAGGAGCCAGAAGAGGACAAAGGGAGUUGCGUUUUAAUUUGGCGUUUAUUAAAAAAAGGCCACUUUUUUUUUUGCAGCUAAUGCAUUUCAGAGCAAUAGAACUCCUCACGGCAUCACAGUGAAAUUUUUCUUGAUAUAUUCUGUUGUUUUUUUUGUAUUAAUAAAAGUGUUAAAUAACGUUUUGGCGUCAUUAUGGAAAUUUGAUAACAAUGCGGCGAGUAAAAAGGUUAUGAUUCAAA